AUGUGGCUGCGGGGAGAGCUUCAGUCGCUACCAACUCUCUCCUCCCUCCACCAUUGCGGCUUGUCCAACGACCACUCCUUCUACCACCACCCCCGGCAUCUCAAGGCUUUGCAAAUGACUGCCCGCCAUCCACAAGACUUGGUAGUCUCUCAUCGAUGAAGCGUAUUCGCGUUUCCAGGCUGUCCCGCCGUGUUGCGUAAGCAUCAAAGAGCGUAUGCUUGAAGCAGAGACGAGCAAAUAGACAUAGUGGACUGCAUCGGGUAGGUUU